CUCGCCUCCUCCCUCGCGACCGCUGUCUUUCCCACUCUCUCACAUCAUGCCAGCACUCACCGACAACAUUCUCGAAGUCGCUUACCGCCUCUUAGACAAGGGGCUGGUCCCCGACUUUGUCCUCAGACCUGCCAUUAGGGCGCUCUGUCGCCAGAGGCUUCGCGAGAUAGACCACGGGUCUUUUGAGGCAAACUAUGCCGCUAAGAUGCAAUGGAUAGAGAGUGUCCGUGCCAGGUCGAAGAUUGCAGACCUGACAGAGAAGGCGAACGAGCAGCACUAUGAGGUUUCUACGGAGUUCAUGUUAUCGUGUAUGGGACCCUGCGCUAAGUACUCAUGCUGCCUAUACCCCACUGGGAAAGAGACAUUAGCGGAGGCCGAAGUGCUCAUGUUGGAAAGCUACUGCGAGAAGGCACAGCUGAGGGACGGUCUUGACAUACUUGACCUAGGCUGCGGGUGGGGGAGUCUUUCGCUUUACCUGGCGCAAAAAUACCCCAAAUCACGCAUCGUCGGUCUUUCCAAUUCUUCAACCCAAAAGAUACACAUAGACAAAACCGCAGAGGCUCGCGGUCUGACCAACCUAGAGAUCAUCACGGCCGAUGUGAACGCCUUUGACUUCAAUGGCUCGAGACAUUUCGACCGGAUCUUGUCCAUCGAGAUGUUCGAGCAUAUGAAGAAUUACAAAAUGCUGAUGGCCAAGGUCGCGUCCUGGCUUCGCCCCGACGGUCCCGAAGACGCGCUUUUCUUCGUCCACAUAUUUUGCCACCGCACGACCCCAUACCACUUCGAGGAGGGCGACGGCUGGAUGGCACAGACGUUUUUCUCAGGUGGCACUAUGCCGUCGCAUGACCUACUGUUGUACUUCCAAGACGACCUCACACACGUCCGGAGCUGGUUUAUCAACGGCAAGCACUACUCGCAGACAUCAGAGCAUUGGCUCAAAGCGCAGGACGCCAAUGCGAAGGCAGGUCUUGCUGAGCUCGAAAAGGACGCCGUUGCGAAAGGCCUCGAUAAGGAGGAAGGCAGGAAAGCAUUCUAUCGAUUCCGCGUCUUCUAUAUCGCUGUCGCGGAAUUCUUCGGGUUGCAUGGAGGCAAUGAAUGGGGUGUUGGUCACUACUUGUUCAAGCGCAAGUCGUAGAUGGUACUGUUUCGUGUCGAGUCCUCUGCACUUGUCUGUCAGCUGCUCUGCAAUAAAGUGGCGUAACAGAGUGCAGACGCACC